AUGGCUGAGGAAGGUGCCCAAACCAACAGGCCGUCAUUCAGGCAAUCUGGAAAGAAGCUAACAACAAAAACACCAGUGACAUCGAUUGGCAGCCAUUUCUUGCAGCAUCUCCGAACAGGCACAAUGGGGAGCAGGUGGUCACCACAAUCGAAGUUUUUGUCGAACAGGAAGAUGAAGAAACUACAGCUAGAUGAACACUUACUACCCAUAGAUGACACACCAACAUUUUUGUCGAACAGGAAGAUGAAGAAACUACAGCUAGAUGAACACUUACUACCCAUAGAUGACACACCAACAGCAUGUCUUGCAGCGCCUCUAACUAGGCGCAGUGAGGAUCACGCGGUCCCCAUCCUGGAAGGCGGGUAG